AUGCCCAGUCACACUUCACUCCUUCAAGCGGUCCUGGUUCUGUCUCCUCUCUAUGGUUUGGCCGCUCCUGCCAGAUCCGCCUCUGUGGACAAGGUCUAUUUCCUUGGACUUCCAAGCUCAUCAGCCUCAGUAGCUUCAAUUGGGAGGGCCGACAUUAAUGCGGUCACACCUUUAUCGUCGAUGGCAACCGGCAGUCCUGCAAACUCCCUCGCUUUUGGACAGGCUACCGAGCCAUUGUCGGGUGCUACUACAGAAAUAACUUUGAGACCUACCCAAUCUGUUGCGUCUAGUUCUCCCGUGCAGUCACCUACGACGACGAAUAAUUUGGUCACUUCAGUAACCUCAAAUAUCAGUCCAGCGCCCACUACAUGGCUAUUAUCUGAAACUGUAUUCUCGUCCGCACGCCCUGGAUCCUCUGCUGCAUCCACUCUAUACAUUUCCUCGACACACAUAUCUCAAGAGACGCUGUCACCUUUGUCCUCAUUUACGGCUACCACUGCUACUGACACCUCUUCGUCAAAUCUUUCGCAUAAACCGGCCUCCACGAAUAUUUCCGGUACAACUCAGACUACCAAUCCUCGACCGAAGCCUAAUGCGGAGAGCCAGCAGGGCCGUCGAUCUGCCGUCCUCGCAGCAUUUCUUACAGUUGGGACGCUGGUCAUGCUGGGCGUCACUUUUUGUUGCAUGCGCUGCAAACUGCCUGAAGGAUUGCGACGCAACAAACGCCGCAGCCGACGGGUGCGAUUCGACAUCCAGGACACAGAAAUUGAACCUAGCGGAUUAAUCAGGCCUCGCGAGAAGGAUGAGAAGGAGAGUCUCAUUCCCGGAAUGGCACCAAUGAUCCACGACAUUACGCUACCCACAUUGCCUCAGCACUCUCACAUUUUCCCUGGUGUGAAUACGGCGUCGCUUCCUCAUCCCACCGGUCGUCGCGUCCUUGUGUCAGACACUAUGGAUGGCCAUUUUGAGGACGUCACACAUAUCCUCUCGACGGAUGCCUUUGCACCGCCGCUUCGGUAUGGUGGUGAAUCGUCUGCUGUGGACUCCGUUAUCUCCGCCGCCUCUGACACUACCUCAUCCGCCAGAGAAGAACACUCCGGCAGUCGCACGAGCGGUGGCUCUGCAAGUCUCACGGGCCUGUCGUACAAAUCGUGUGAAUCGCGUUACUCGACGCCAAGUGUUGAGCGGCAGUUGCACGAUGGGCCGUUGAGAUCGGGGUCUAUCGAAUCUUUGUCGCCGUCCCUGUCGUUUGGUGGCUCACCAUCCCCGCCUUCAUCAGAGCUUGUUCAAACCCCUGAGCAAAUCCUUUAUUCGAAUCCGCGUUGUAUGAGCACGAUCAGAGGCACUGAGCCUAUGGGGAGCAAGGAACCUCAUAUGCUUGUCCGUGGGCUCCGUAUCUCCGAUGCAGAUACGAGCUCGGAAUGGGAUGUUGCGCGGUCGUAUGGCGCGCAUAGCAGUGUUGGGAAGGACUCAUUGUUGGUCAUGGUGGAAAACAUGGAGGAAGUGGAAGUUGGCGGGAAGAAAUGCGUGUUGGUGCAAGGAUGA